AUGUACCCCCAAAAGCCCUAAUUCCUCACCGUAACUUCGCUGAUUUGGGAUUCAAUUCCGGCCUCCGUUUCCUUCGACAGCGGACCGCCGCCACCGCUGUCGUCGUCGUUGUCUUGUGCUCCUAACCACAGUAAGCUUGUUAGGCUUCCGAGGCGCGGUCCUGCCCUCAAAUCCUCCUGCAAAACCACCGCUGUCCUCUGAAGCCGUCCUCAGUCCAGACGUAGCCCUUUCAAUCUCAAUUACUUCGAUCAUCUCCCACUACCGAUCUUCGAAAGGCAUAUCGGCGAUUGCCAUGGAUGGGGAUUCGGACCCCAGCUCAAACAAGCAGAUGCAGAUAGAUUUGGAAGAACCACUUGUAGAUGAGUCAAAUUCAAAGGUCAAAACGAAGGAUGAUAUUUCGGAGUCGAUAGAGAAUCUGCGGAUAUCUGAGUCAUCGAGUUCUAGCUUCAAAAGGAAGCCUGUGAUCAUCAUCGUUGUUGGAAUGGCAGGCAUUGGGAAAACCACAUUUCUUCACAGAUUGGUCUUCCACACUCAAUCUUCGAACAUCCGUGGAUAUGUGCUGAACCUUGACCCGGCAGUGAUGACCCUUCCUUUCGGAGCAAACAUUGACAUAAGAGACACUGUUCACUACAAGGAAAUCAUGAAGGAGUACAACCUUGGCCCUAAUGGUGGAAUUCUGACUUCCCUGAAUCUAUUUGCAACAAAGUUCGAUGAGGUGAUAUCAGUGAUCGAAAGAAGAGCUGAUCAGCUCGAUUAUGUUCUGGUGGAUACCCCUGGUCAGAUUGAAAUAUUUACUUGGUCAGCUUCUGGAGCAAUAAUCACUGAAGCCUUUGCUUCAACAUUUCCCACUGUAAUUGCUUACGUUGUUGACACACCUCGGUCUGCCAAUCCAGUAACUUUUAUGAGCAACAUGCUAUAUGCUUGUAGCAUACUUUACAAGACAAGGCUGCCUUUAGUCCUGACCUUUAACAAGAUUGAUGUGGCCAAACAUGAGUUUGCAUUGGAGUGGAUGCAAGAUUUUGAGGCCUUCCAGGCGGCAUUGGACACUGAUUCAUCAUACACAUCAACUUUGUCAAGGAGCCUAUCGCUUGCACUCGAUGAGUUCUAUAAAAAUAUGCGUUCUGUGGGAGUUUCAGCCAUUUCUGGUGCUGGAAUGGAAGCCUUUUUUGGUGCGAUAGAAGAAAGUGCUAAAGAGUACAUGGAAAGUUACAAAGCUGAUCUCGACAAGAGAAGGGCUGAGAAGGAGCGAUUGGAAGCAGACCGCAGGAAGGAGAACAUGGAGAGACUACGGAGAGACAUGGAGAAAUCCAAAGGACAGACAGUGGUGCUGAGCACUGGUCUGAAGGACACGGAAUCUCCUAAAAUGGAUGAGGAUAAAGAGGACGGAGAAGAAGAGGAAGAAGAAUUGGAGGAUCUGAGGUUCUCAGAGGAGGAAACAGAGGAAGAUGAAGGUGAAGAUGAAGAGGUUGCUCACUUUGGCUUCUGAAGAUAAUGUACAAUUUGCUAAUUUCCACUUUUGAAUGCAUCUAAGACUAUUUUCUAGGAUCAUUUCUAAAAACCUAGCCUUAUGUAACGGCUGUGAAAACUUGUCUGUGGAUGUCGUACUACCCUUAUGUUCAAACUGUGCAUGUUGUUCUUAAAAUGUUUUGGAGUCUCCAAGCUGAA